GAUCUUUCAAUGGAUGAAGGCUGUUCCCCGCACCACGCUAGAUCGGCCCUAUUUGACAUUUGACGGAUUGUCGUUCGUCCCGCAAACAAUCUGGUUAGUGAAUAUCCGCCACUGUUGGACUUCUCCGACUUCUCCGCGAAUGAACCAUGAACACAUCCAAGUUAGUGGCAAGGAAGGAAUGGACACUGUUGGCUUUAGCGGAAAUUCUCGGAGGCGUGACCAUGCUCUUCUAAAUCAACCACUGUCAUAUACAUCUUUGUUAGAAGACACCAUUACUUCAGUAAUCAAACUUCCCUGCGAAUGCCUCCGCAGCCACUUCGAACCACUUCGUAGCAUCUGGUGGCAAUGACCGUCGUAGAUGCCUGGGUCUCUGAUAUUAAAAACGCCAUGUGGCGCAAAUGUAGCCUAGCUAAGCAUCGACCCCUCUGCACCGCCUUCUCUCUCUGCGCAAUUAUUGUCGUAACCAACUUUUCGCUCCGCUCAAGCGGAGCGAAAGUUUGGUCGCAACGAUUUCGUGUGGUUGGACAUAUACCAACUACGACUCUCUGAAAAUGGAUUGCAUGGACCCACCUUUAUACCCUUCAACCCCCUUCUUUCUUAUCCUUCUCUCUUCUCAUCCUCCUCCCUCUCUGCUCUCCUUCCAUUGUGCCCUUAUGCACUUUUUAGCGUCUGGCCUUGUGGCAUGGCAUAACCCGCCCUGCAUACCUGCAGGUGCGUACGUAUCGCAAUGGACUACGAAAAAAAGAAGAGCAUGAUAAUCCUAGGUGUGCUUGGUUUCGCGAGCGCUCUCAUCAUGGUAACUCGACUUGCGAUGCGAAAAGUGAGAGGGCAGCGGUUUGACAUUAGCGACUACCUCACCAUGGGAGCUAUAGCUUGCUUAGCUGCUCGCUGCAGUUUCGCCACCGUCAUUGUGCUAUGGGGAAACAACAAUUUAACUUCUGCCUAUCGAGCUUCGAAGCUGUUCGAUGCCACCGAAAUCUACCAGCGGGAGAUUGGAAGCAAAGUGACCCUCUGCGACAGGGUUUUCCAUAGCACAUAUUUUUGGAUCCAAAAGUCCGUUGUCUUGAUCCUAUAUCAGCGGAUGUUAGGGUGCCUCAUAUGGCCUCGCCUCAUAAUAAACUUCUACUGGGGUUUCCUAGCCGUCAGUUAUGUGGUAGUGCAAAUAUGGACGUUCGUGGAAUGUACGCCGUUUCAUUUAUAUUGGCAAGUGGUGCCAGAUCCAGGACAGUGCGCUGCAGGUGCCAUUCAAUUAAUUGUAUUUGUUUCACUUAAUAUGGUCACUGAUGCAAUGCUCAUCGGUCUUCCUAUGCCUUACCUCUUCAGGAUGAAGAGGCCUCUAAAACAACGCCUUUCACUCGUGGGCUUGUUCUCCAUUGGCUUCACGCUCCUCGCCAUUGGCUUCGUUCGCCUCCCCAUAAAUUAUGACAGAAACUACAACCAUUCCCGUACUCAUGAAGCCAAUCGUACGACAUUGGGAACAGUCGAGAUGUUUGCUGCCGCCAUUGUUGCUAACGUACCCACUCUGUUUACACUUCGCCCCCGACAUCCAACAACUCAUAUCACAGCUGCAUCUCACAGCCCGCACUAUACCGACACAACAGGGUUCAGACAGGUGAGGGACCUUGACAUCAUAACCGACAAUAGCAUUAAGCUUCAGCAUGUGCAUGUUGAGGACAUGGGCGAGUCGGGGGAAUUUGGGAAGAUAUCGGAGGAGAGUCACGCUAGUAACGACAUAAUUCAUGUCAUUGGUAAUGCUAUCUAAAUAGGAGGAGCUAUUUAAGAGCUCGUAUUUUUAUCUAGUAAAUUAUAAAGAAAUACCUCAAGGUUAACAUAAGGAGAUGUGUAGAGUAACUUUACUAGACUAUAUUUAAAUAGGAAAAGUAAAGAAAAGAGAUCCAGUUCUAC